CAAUAACAUCAAUUCGCCAAGCAUCUAUGCGGAAAACAUUUUCAAUUUAAAUUCGUUGAAAUAGUUUACAAACCAACUUAUAGAAGAUAUGGUUUUCUCAGAAAAUGUAUGCCGUCUGUGCAUGGGAAAUUCGAACGUCGUACACACUUUGGUCGGAGAAAACCUUUUACAGAAGAUUGCAAUAUGCUUUAGUUUGCUGAUUAGUCCGACCGAUAAAACGCUUCCUUUAGGAGUGUGUGCGGAGUGCGCGUUCAAAGUGAAGGGUUUCUUCGAGUUUCGACAAAGUUGCUUGAGAGUUCAGCGAAUUCUCCAACAGAAAUCGGAGGAAUCCUGUAAAUCAAGAGACUCAGAAACAUUUAUAUCAAUAAUAAAAAGUGAAGAGUCAGUCUGCGAGAAUGAUGAAUCAACUAUAAACAAACCAGAAAUAGACAUAGAUGACGAAACUGAAGAACAAAUAGAUGAAGCGGAUUUUGAAAGCGAUGAGAUUGAAGAACAGUUGGAAGAACUAAAUGUGAUUAAGGAUAGAGACCAGCUAGAUGAAACAAACGAGGAAAUCGAAGAAGCUGCAACGGAAUCUGAUGGCAUGCUUCUUGAUAAUGAUAGCUCACAAGGGUCAAUCUUUGAUGUCCACCCUUCAUAUGAAAAAACCAAGCAGGAGGUUUUUCCGAUUGAAAUGAUCGAACUACUAAAUUACAACGAACAACAUGAAUUGCGCAGUAUCAGAGCAUCGAAAAGCUCCGCUAAAAAAUCAAAUGAAGAUAUACAAAGUGGUUUAGAAAAUGAUGAUUUUGAAUCCACAUACAAAAAGAAAAGAAACAAAUCUCGAGACGGGAAAGAAAUAUAUCGAUCGUUGCUGAUGACCUGUGAGAUAUGUGGGAAAUCUGUAGAACGUAAUCGAAUGGAAGGUCAUCAUAAUCAGCAUUUGAAUUUACGACCGUACGCUUGCAAUAUGGAAGAUUGUGGUGCCACAUUCGACUGCAAAAUAAAACUUCGUCUGCACACGAAUAGCCGCCACAGUACCAAACAGAUACCAUGUGAUCUAUGCGGGAAGGUGUACGUAUCGAAAAAAGCGCUUUACCGCCAUAAAAGAGCAACACACGACGAAAAAAAAUUCACGUGUGAGCAAUGUGGAUUGGUGUUCUUUUCCAACUCUCCGCUGAAACGACAUCAAAUUACACAUUUGGAUCAAAGAGAGUACAAAUGUCCUCAUUGUCCAAAGGCAUUCUAUCGAAACAGUAGUCUUAAAGUUCAUCUACGGAGCCACACGAAAGAAAAGCCCUUUGCAUGUAAUUCAUGCGACAAAGCGUUCGGAUAUAACCGACUGUUGAAAGAUCACAUAUCUCGGCAACAUAAAGACAUCUGUUGAAAGUGGUGGCUUUCAUGAAAAGUUUUAAAGUACCGUUCAUAGUGUUUUUUCAAUUAGGAUUGAAAGAAAAUUUUGGAUCCUGAACUGAAUUAACCUGACGGAAGUAUUCCCAAUUCAACGUACUUAGGCGGACCAGGGGGACAUUCCGCAUUUUGAGCUAGAGCUUAGGUAGGCUGUACAAUUCGUAGUUGCUCUCCGUGAUUGACCUGAACCAGCGAAAUUGCACAAAGAACACACCGAAUGACGCUUGGGAGUAGCAAAUCAUUUUCAUUGUACAAGUUUCGGUGAUUCGAACUUUAAAUAGUCAAUAAUGACGCCGGCCAUGUCCUUACAGUCACCAGGGGAAGGGGAUGAAUGUUAGUAUGAUAUUCGCCGUCCGAAGGCCAGAAGGGUCGCCUCUAUAGCGUGGUUCCCUAGCGAUUAUCAUGGGAGGGGGAUAGUUGUUAGUGGGGGAAGGUAUGAAUCAGGAUUCACUGAGGAAAGUGAUGUGAUUAUGCUAACCCAAACUAUAGACCACUUGAUGAAACGAAAACUUGAAAACCAAAUGCAUUCCGUAGCCGUUGAAGAUAUUAGAGGGUGACCUGAAAAGAUCUCCUUUGCAGAAGUACCAGGACUCUGGUAAGUGAAUUAAUUUGUAAGCGUGGACGCAACUAAUCGUCGAAAUGAAAUUUCGUCUCUGCUCGACGGAACAAAAACUCGAAAAUCAAAUGCAUUAGAAGAUUGAAUAUAUUAAAGGGUGACCUGAUAAGGUCUGACAAUGACUUAACUUGUUGAGUCAGUUUCAUCGCACCGAACGUGUACUUUUUGUUUAGAGAGUGUCAAGUGGGAAUGACAGCAAUAAAAUUGGAAAAUGUUUUUUAUCGUAAAUGAAGUGCCAGGCGAGCUUACGCCCGGAACCAUAGUUGAUGAAAAGAUAAAAGUCGGCAUGUUCUUUAACCUUUACAUGGCUUUAGUGGUCAGCUGUUUCUUCGUUUUGUCCAUGAAGUUAUUGAAGGAAAUCUUCCGUUUGAAGUUCGCCCAUUUUUUUCUAUCCUUCGCAGCUGGGGGAUGUUGAUAAGGUUGGCGAUCUUCGCUACGAUGUUUAUUUUCAGCCGAUUCAUCUUCUCUAUUGAUCUCUCCGUUGCGUGAUACCUCUUUAUGAAGGCGGCAACAUCCGGCAGGCACCUCGUGUAUAUCUUUGCGUUCACCGCAAGACUCGAAAAAAGGCGACUUAAACAUUCCCUUAGCGCCGAUCGUCAGCCAGAGACGUCAAUGCUUACCUCAUUUGUGGGGUACCCGGUCCCCUGCCAUUCGUUGAAUUCUAGCGUCGUUUUUCACCAGCACCUCCAGCUACUUCAUCUGACCUCGUCUGACGCUUCCGCAUAAAAAUGUUCAUUUUGGCCAGAUACUUCUCCACCGUUUGGUCGGUUGUUUCGAUCUCCCGGUUUGGGAAGCGGCAGGGAGAGUAUGUUGUAAAUAGAAAAUCGAUUUUAUCCGGUGGACACGAAGUGUCUCAGGAUGUCCAUCUUCUUCGCUCCGGACGGAGCUGGCAGUGUGAAAAAAUGAUAAAGUUGCUUGAAGGCAUUCGCCAAGGCUGCUGCGAAUCAACAGCGUUGAAUCAUUUUUGUUUAAGGCUUAAUAAACAUAAGAUUCAAGGAAAAUUUGUUUCAUUGUAUUAUCUUUUCUAGUUUUUUUUUCCAUCGCCAUCCGAAUUUUUUCUAAUGCAUGCGUCAACACUAAUUUUUUUGAAAAAUGGGUUCGAAUUUUAAAAUAUUCCAUUCGGUAAUUUGAAGAAAAUGGUUGAAUUCGAAUCGUGGUUUCCAGGCUUAAAUGCUCUGAUUGAGCGAGUUUUUUUUUCAAACGUAAACAAAAUCUGUACCACAGAAAAAUUACAACUAUGUGCCGAUAAGAUGAAAAAAAAAUUAUACAGAUCAGGUUUAAUUGCAAGGACAUAUGUUAAGAAUUUCAUGAAUAAAUGUAAUGUUCAAAUGACGUAUAUACAUAAAUUUUUUUUUGGUGUCCCGCGUUAGACCUCUGACCAUCUGGUCACUUUAGCCUAGUAAGACAUCAAUGCUUUUCCAUUGUAAUUCACGGAGGUCACGGAUGUUUUCCGAAUUAGGUCUCUUCUAGCAUAUUGAACCUAGAUUUGCAAGUUAUAUCUGAUACUCGAAAACGAUAACUUGAUACCUGAGAUUCGGAUUUAUAAUAAAAAUUAACGAGCUGCCGCUGCUAGUGCAUUUGAUUGAGACCACAAGAUUUCCACGAAUCGCAUUUUUCAAAAGUUACACUUA